AUGAUAUUCUUCCCUUCAGGCUGGCUGCUUCUAGCGGCGCAAGUCUUUUUGUUUGCUUCUGACGUCACCGCUGCUGCUGCUGCCGCCCCUGCUGAUGGAGCAGCAUCAGAUUACCAUGAACAGCUCACGCUGCGGCCGCUACCCGUGUCGUCACUCCUGGCGAGCUUCAACUUCCAGGCCAACACGACGAUAUCCGAUUUCGAGUCGCAAAAUUUCCGACUGUUUCCCCGGUCGCUGGCCCAGAUCCUCCAGUACGCGGGCACGCGCGAGCUACACCUCCGGCUGACGCUGGGACGGUGGGACGCUGAGAACUGGGGCUCCAGGCCAUGGGACGGGGCGCGCGAGGGCGGCACGGGCGUCGAGCUGUGGGCCUGGCUGGACGCCGAGACGGAUGAGCAAGCCCAGUCGCAGUGGAGGACCCUGGUCAACGCGCUUUCCGGCCUGUUCUGCGCCAGCCUCAACUUCAUCGACGAGACCAGGACGAUCAGGCCCGUCCUGUCCUUCCAGCCCGAGGGCGACCACUCGCCCGAGGCCCUGGCCAACUCGAGGCUUCUGCACGGCGUGCUGCCCCACGAGGUCGUGUGUACAGAGAAUCUCACGCCCUUUAUCAAGAUGCUCCCCUGCAAGGGAAAGGCUGGCAUCGCCAGUCUGCUCGACGGCCAUAAGCUCUUUGACGCAUCCUUCCAGAGUAUGGCCAUUGACGUCCGGCCCGUCUGUCCCGCCGGCCAGGACGACUGCCUCCUUCAGAUCGAGCAGACGCCCUACAACUCGGACGAGGCGUGCUUCCCCAUCGACCACCUCCAGAGCCCCGAGUGGACACUGGAGCAGAUCUUUGGCCGUCCCAUCAGGGGGACAUGCCCGCUCGCCGACCCGGGCAUGACGCCGGUGUGCGUGCAGGUGCCGCAGUCGCGCAACGUCUACUCGUCCAGCGGCGCGCAGCAGGUGAACGGGGCAGACGGGCAUUCGCGCUGCUACAAGCCCGAUCCCGAGGGCGACUUCACGCUGGUCAUGACCAAAGUGGACGCGGCGGCAGGAGUGCAGGAGGUGGUCGAGCCGCAGACGCCGCUCCUGUACGCGGAGCGCAGCUUCACCGGCUACGGCCAGGAGCACGGUGGCGUGCAGGCGAUCCUGACGAACCCGAGCGACACCGAGGUCGAGUUCGUGUACAUGGAGUCCCUGCCCUGGUUCAUGCGCAUCUACCUGCACACGCUGGCGACGUCGACGGGCACGACCAACUCGUCGUCCCCCUCGUCAUCCGUGCCGUCCCCGGAUAUCAUCCAGGAGAUCUACUACCGCCCGGCCCUGGACCGCGAGCGCGGCACCCAGCUCGAGCUCCUCCUGCGCAUCCCCGCCCGCCGCACUGUCUUCCUCACCUACGACUUUGAGAAGUCGGUCCUCCGGUACACUGAGUACCCGCCCGACGCCAACCGCGGCUUCGACGUCGCCGCCGCCGUCAUCACCACCCUCUCCCCCCGCGCCAUGAACCUCCGCACCACCAGCCUGCUACUCUACCUGCCCACCCCGGACUUCAGCAUGCCCUACAACGUCAUCAUCUUCACCUCGACGGCCGUCGCCCUCGCCUUUGGCGGCCUGUAUAACAUCCUUAUCAGGCGCUUCGUCGGUGCCGGAGAGGGCCCGCCUUCGCCCCUCAAGGCCAAGGCUGCCGUCAUCAUGAACAAGAUCAAGGGUCUGCUGAGGAAGAAGAGCGCCACUACCAAGGUAGAUCAUGGUUCCGACACCAAGUGA